AUGGCGAAUCGCGUUAGACCAGUGGUGGAAAUAUGCAAGAAAGAAGAGGGUUCGCAGGAGAUUUACUACCAGCUGGGAAGCAUUUUGGAUGCCAUUAGUAAUGGAAACAGUAACGGCCAGCAAUAUUGCAAAGUUGAAUACCGAGUGAGGAACGCGGAUAACACCACGAGCAUGGUGACCGAAGUGGUGGCCGCGAGUGACAUCAGACCCCAGCCGGAGCCUCCGGCAACGGCAGAGUUCUCUGUCUCACAGAAGGUUAAUGUGUAUAAGAAUGGUGGUUGGAGGGUCGGAAAUGUUACUGCCAAAGUCGAUCAGCUUAACUACAUUGUUCGCUUCCUUGGCUCUGGCAACGAAGAAAUGUUUCUUCGUCACUCGCUCAGGCUUCAUCAAGAUUGGGUCAAUGGAAAUUGGAUCUGA